AUGUCAAUCACCACAGUGUGCUGCUUCCCCCGCCCUAAAAUUUCCAGAGGGCUGGAGCACCGGGAGACCCUGAACAGCUUCCCAGAAACCCAAGCGACUUGGUCCCGCGACCCUAAGUGGGUACUCCGCGACUCCAUACCAAAGAUGCCUUCCAAGACAACCAAAAGAUGCAUGCGGAGUCGAAAAUCGGAGGAGGCGGAUACUGGGCAUUAUCCAAAAUUGAGGUGGGACUUUGGACAAGAAGCAUCCAUAAGGUACUCCUUCCGUACGGAGUACUUAACAACGGCGAUGGCGACGGUGACGGUGAAGGUGGACGGACGACCGUGGCACGGCCUCGGCCGGAAGUGGCCGCUGGGAAGCGGUCGUGCCUCCUCUCGGUCAUCAUGCACUUCAAGCAUUAAUGGCACUUUCCUGGGCAGUCCUCCAUGUGUACCACCGUGCCACCUCCCCAUGAAGCAGGCGCCCACGGCACCUUCAACUUUGCGCAUAGAUGCCCACACACUUUCCACGUUACAAAAGCAAUGCCUUUCGUGCCUUCCAACUCAAGAACUGGUGAAAUGGAACGGCAAAAAGGCAAGUGCAGUAAUAUGUACUCUGCAAGCACUCAUCACGUUUGUCCUUUCCCGAGCUCAAUUGUUGCAGGAGCGGAGAAGGAGUGCUUCCAGUUGUCUUCACGUUUCCUUCCAUUUGCUUUCGAAUCUGAACCUGCCAGGUCCCAUUUCUGCCAGUGGCGGGACCUCGGGGAAAUCCCUCAGUGACAUUUGCAUCCCGUUAUUCUUGGGUCAUUCUUUCCCGCCGUGCCCGCCGCCUCUCGCCCGCUUCGCCACUCGCCCAAUGGAACAUACAUCCUCCCGCCAGUCCUUCCUACCGACGGAGUACCUUACUGCGUCUCGGAGUGUGCACCCACGCAUGCCACGGCAUCUUAGUUGCGCACCUCAGUCUGUCAUCUCCCGACUCCCGAUUCCCUGCUUGCAAAUCAACAACUUAACCGCCACCUACCGUUGCAAUGCCUGCACCCUGCCUGUCUCCAUGUUCAAAUCAUCGUCUACGAAUACGUUCACACCUCUCACCGCUCACUCCACGACCGAGUCCUUGCUUGCUAUCAUCGCUAGGCUCACCAACAAUUCGGGCUCCUUUUCUACCCAUAACCUGCACGCUACCGACCGACCCGCCGGCGUCAGCGCCAGCCCAGGAACCGACGCCAAUGCAAAUCCCGACACCCUGGUUUGGGGGUUCACCAAGAAACGCAGCCCGCUGCUAGACGACCCAAGCCGCUGGGAUUCGACUAAGCAAGCGUUAAUGCCCCUGAGGGGCACAGUGUCUGCUUCUUCUCCAAAGUUGUUGUCCAAAGGCCGUUUUCUCUCGCCCUUGACCUCGCACCUACAUAUCUACCACGUCCCUACAGAGUACAUGCACCGUCUCCGUACACACAAGCCCGUACUCUGUAUGGAUGCUCAGCGCCAAUUCAUCCUCGGGACGACCACCAAACGUGCUAGCGGCGAUGUGUACAUGCUUGCACGUUUGUUCCAACGACAAGCCGUCCGGCCCAGUGUUCCGGGACAACUAGCUAGUCACUGCGCCGCCCUAAGUCACGAUCAGCAAGAGCCUCCAUGA